GAAAAGUGAUGGCCGAGCGGGGAGCUCUGCGGCUCCUCUCUCUCCUCUGCCUCACCUUUCUCUGCACCGCGGCCAAGCAUGUCGACAAAGGUUCAGCAGCGCAGCCCUUCUCCCCCUUCUGGUUCACGGUGGAGCCCCAGGACACGCUGGCCAUCCGGGGCAACUCGGCCAUGCUCAACUGCUCCGCCCACAGCGACGCGGCCACGCCCACACGCAUCGAGUGGAAGAAAGACGGCACCUUCAUGAGCCUGGUGUCGGACGAGAGGCGGCACAUCCUCCCGGACGGCGUCCUGUUCUUCAACCACGUGGUCCACUCCAAGCACAACAAGCCCGACGAGGGAACCUACCAGUGCGUCGCCACCAUCGACAACCUGGGAUCCAUCUCCAGCCGCACGGCGCGCCUCAUGGUAGCAGGGAUGCCCAGGUUCGCCAGCCAGCCGGCGCCGUCCACGGUGCGUCUGGGGGACAGUCAGGUGAUGGCGUGCGAGGUCAACUCCGAUCUUGUGCCCUUCACUCGCUGGGAGAAAGACCGCCUGCCGCUGGAGCUGAGCGCCCGGCUGCUCCUGCUGCCGAGCGGCGCCCUCGUGAUCACCAACGCCUCGGAGGCCGACGCCGGACUCUACCGCUGCCAGGUGGAGAACGUGGGCUCGUCCAAGACCAGCGACGAGGCCCAGCUCCGGGUUCUGCCAGAAACUGAAGACGAGAGGAAGCCGGAGUUCCUGGUGCAGCCGGCGGCGGUGAUCAAGGCGGUGGGCCACGGCGUGCUGCUGCCCUGCGUGGUCGCUGGCUUCCCUGCGCCCAGCGUCCGCUGGAUGCUCGGAGACAAGCUGCUGCAGGAAAGCGAGGGUCGCCUGGAGCUCUUGGCCGGAGGAAGUCUCCAGAUCUUCAAUCUCACGGAGGAGGACGCCGGCGUCUACACCUGCAUGGCCGACAAUUCUAACGCCACCAUCGAGGCCCAGGCCCUACUCACAAUACAAGUUCCUCCCCAGUUCAUCAAGCGGCCGGCCAACAUUUACGCCCACGAGUCGAUGGACAUCGUGUUCGAGUGCGAGGUCUCGGGCUCGCCGGCUCCCACCGUCAAGUGGGUGAAGAACGGAGACGCUGUCAUCCCCAGUGACUACUUCAAAAUAGUUAAGGAGCACAACCUGCAGGUUCUGGGUCUGGUGAAGUCCGAUGAGGGGUUCUACCAGUGCCUGGCAGAGAACGAUGCCGGUAACAUCCAGUCCAGCGCCCAGCUCGUCAUCCUGGAUCACGAUGUAUCCCUGCCCUCUUUUCCUCCCCCUUCACUGACUCCUAACACUACUGACCAUGUAACGCCAGGCUCCGGAGGCGUGGCCGGUCCAGCAGGCCCCACCCCCUCCGCCCCCCGGGACGUCGUGGCCUCGCUGGUCUCCACCCGCUUCAUCAAGCUCACCUGGCGCCAGCCGGCCGAGCCGCACGGAGACGAGCUGACCUGCUCGGUGUUCUACAGCCUGGAGGGCACCAGCAGGGAGCGCGUGGUGAACACCAGCCGCCCGGGCGAGAGUCAGGUGACCAUCCAGAGCCUCAUGCCCGACACCAAGUAUCGCUUCAGGGUCGUAGCGCACAACAGCAACGGCCCGGGGGAGAGCUCAGCCGCGCUCACAGUGGCCACCCAGGCUGAAGUCCAAGUCCCCGGCCCGGCUCCCAACCUGCAGGCGGUGUCCAACACGCCGACCUCCGUGGCCCUGAGCUGGGACAAACCGCUCACCGGCAACGGAGAGCUGCUCACCUACAAGCUGUACCACAUCGACAAAAGCUUCGGCAGCGAACAGGACGUUGACAUCGAUGGUCAGUCCUACACCAUGAACGGCCUGAAGAAGAACAACGAGUACAGUUUCCGUGUGGUCGCUAACAACCAGCACGGCCCGGGCGUCUCCACAGAGGACAUCACCGUUCGGACGCUGUCUGACGUUCCAAGCGCUCCUCCUCAGAACCUCACUCUGGAGGUGCAGAACUCAAAGAGCAUCAUGCUUCGCUGGCAGCCGCCCCCCCUCAGCGGCCAGAACGGAGAGAUCACCGGCUACAAGAUCCGCUACCGCAAAGGGUCCCGGAGGAGCGAGGCCGCCGAGACCACCGGAGGAACCCAGCUCAGCAAGCUCAUCGAUGGUCUGGAGCGCGGGACGGAGUACUCCUUCAGGGUGUCGGCGGUGACGGUGAACGGAACCGGGCCGGCCACCGACUGGACGGCCACGGAGACGUUUGAGAGCGACCUGGACGAAUCCCGAGUCCCGGACCAGCCCAGUUCCCUCCACGUGCGGCCGCUGAUCAACAGCAUCGUGGUGAGCUGGACGCCGCCGGAGAACCAGGACAUCGUGGUUCGAGGUUACAGCAUCGGCUACGGCAUCGGCAGUCCCCACGCUCAGACCAUCAAGGUGGAUUACAAGCAGCGCUACUACACCAUCGAGAACCUCGACGCCAGCUCCCACUAUGUGAUCACACUCAAGGCCUACAACAAUGUGGGCGAGGGGAUUCCUGUGUACGAGAGCGCCAUCACCAGGCCACAGUCAGACCCCAUUGACCCCGAUGUUGACCUGUAUGAACACUUCCAUGCUCCAUACACUCCAGUUCCAGACCCCUCCCCCAUGAUGCCGCCCGUGGGUGUUCAGGCCUCGGUGCUGAGCCACGACACCAUCAAGGUGACCUGGGCCGACAACUCGCUGCCCAAAAACCAGAAGAUCACCGACAACCGCUUCUACACCGUGCGCUGGAAGACCAACAUCCCUGCCAACACCAAAGUGAAGAUGGCCAACACCACCAGCCUGAACCACAUGGUGACGGGUCUGAAGCCCAACACGCUGUACGAGUUCUCCGUCAUGGUGACCAAGGGCCGGCGCACCAGCACCUGGAGCAUGACCGCACAGGGAACCACCUUUGAGACCAUUCCCAGCUCGUCUCCGAAAGACGUGACGGUGGUGAGCAAAGAGAACAAACCUCGAACCAUCAUCGUCAACUGGCAGCCGCCCUCCGAGGCCAACGGGAAGAUCACCGGCUACAUCAUCUACUACAGUACGGAUGUGAACGCCGAGGUCCACGACUGGGUCAUCGAGCCGGUGGUGGGAAACCGCCUCACGCACCAGAUCCAGGAGCUGACGCUGGACACCACCUACUACUUCAAGAUCCAGGCCCGCAACUCCAAGGGCAUGGGCCCCAUGUCGGAGGCCGUCAACUUCCGCACGCCAAAGACUGAGUCCUCUGACAAAAUGGCUAAUGACCAAGCCUCCAAUCUCCCACCGAAGCAGGGACCUUCAGGCAACCAGGACCCACAAGACCCGGGGACGUCAGUGGGUAAAUCAGGGGUGGGAAGCAACAGUGAGAAUCACAUCGUGGUCAUCAUCAUCAUCAUCUCGGUGGGAGCCUUCACCAUCAUCGUGGUGGUGGUCGGCGCCUUCCUGUGCACCCGGCGCACCACGUCCCACCAGAAGAAGAAGCGAGCCGCCUCCAAGGCCUCCAACGGAUCCCACAAGUACAAGGGCAACGCCAAAGACCUGAAGCCGCCCGACCUCUGGAUUCACCACGAGAGGCUGGAGCUCAAACCCAUGGACAAGUCGCCGGACCCCAACCCGGUGAUGACCGAGACCCCCAUCCCCCGAACCUCGCAGGACAUCACGCCGGCCGAGAGCAACCUGGAGAACAACCCCCACCUGCAGCAGAGGCGCAACUCCUACCGCGGCCACGAGUCAGAGGACAGCAUGUCUACACUAGCAGGUCGGCGGGGGAUGAGGCCUAAAAUGAUGAUGCCUUUUGAUGCACAGCCGCCUCAGCCUGUGAUUAGUGCUCACCCAAUCCAUUCGCUCGAUAACCAUCACCACCAUUAUCACAUGGGCAGCCUGGCGUCGCCGACACGGAGCUACCUCUACCACCACGGUAGCGGCCACUCACGUCCGCACGCCUGCGCCUCCCCCAUCUCCCAUCUAGACAGGGUGGACUCUGCAGAGUCGGUCAGGAACACCCCCAGUUCAGAGCCCCUCCCUCCAGCCGCCGCCUCCUCCCAGACCUCCUGCCCCUCGGAGAUCAUGGCCGACCCGGAGGGCAGCUACCACGGCUCCUCCACCACGGAGGAGGAGCCCAGCUACUCCAGCAACCUGCCCCCCCACCGCUCGGCCCACCCACACGCCCACGCCCACCCGCUCAAGAGCUUCGCUGUCCCAGCAAUCCCAGGAACCAGCUACCCGUCGUACGAGUCGUCCGCCCUGCCCAGCACGCCGCUGCUCGCCCAGUCCGGGCCGCCCACUCACCCCCAUGUUGUGAAAACAGCCUCCAUUGGAACACUAGGAAGGACACGAACUCCGGUGGUGGUCAUCGUGCCCAACGCCCCCCCCGACGUCCCCGAGACCAGCAAGAUGUUGGAAGAUGUAGACAGCGUGCUUGCCUCCCUCCCCCCCUGCCCCUCUCCCGCCCCUCGCAGUAACCCUGUUCCUCUCCCUCAGAACUACGAGCCCGACGAGCUGACCGAGGAGAUGGCCCACCUCGAGGGCCUCAUGAAGGACCUGAACGCCAUCACCACAGCGCCAUGA